CGCGUUUCAAUCGAGCGUACGAUAGACAGAGAGCUCUAUGCGAGGAUCCAGCCCUGAUUAGUUAGUGGUUUGAGCUUGUAGAGCAGACAAAGGCUAGGUAUGGCAUCUGUGAUGAUGACGUCUACAACUUCGACGAGGCAGGCUUUAUGAUAUGCAAGAUUACGACUUAGCUUGUUGUGACAGGGUUAGAGAGGAGAGGUCGGCCAAAGGCUAUUCAGCCAGGCAAUCGCGAGUGGGUGACGUUGAUCGCUGCGAUCAACGCUGCUGGCUGAUCAGUACCACCGUUCCUCAUCUUCGCUGGCCAGUAUCAUCUAUCUGCCUGGUACGAGGAAGCAGAGAUCCCACGCGACUGGGUGAUCACAGUCAGCGAAAAUGGCUGGACAAAUAACAAGCUAGGAGUAGAGUGGCUAAAGCACUUCAACGCUUAUACAAAGACUCGCUUUCAAGAGCUCUGCAAGGAGAACAAUAUCUACACACUCUGCAUGCCGCCUCACUCAUCUCAUCUACUUCAGCCUCUUGAUAUUGGCUGCUUCUCGCCGUUGAAGCGCGCGUACAGCUGUGAGGUUGAGAGCCUGAUCCGCCACCACAUCAACCACAUCACUAAGCUUGAGUUUCUGCCAGCGUUUAAGGC